GGGGAGAGGGCUUCCGAAAAAACCUACACAUUUACUGGAAACAGCGCUUAUGACGACAUCCUUCGCACUCCCCCUCCUCGCAUAAAACCUCCACCUCACCUCACAAAAUAAACGUCUCUUCGGCUCUCUCUUUCUCGUUUGCCCAAGAAGCUUUGUUUAUUUUUUAACACUUAGCUAAAUAAGUAGCUAUAUUCGCUUGCCAUGGAUCAACCACCAUCGUACCAGCCAGAGUUUGUCCCAAUGGAAGGAAAUAAGUACAUGCGUCUUGAAGACCCUCACGGAGCGGCCAAGUUCCAGCAUACCGUCGUCUUGGGACAGCCCCAGCCCGUUGUACCUCAGCCCAGGGAUCACAUUAUCUGGUCACUUUGCAGCCUUGUGUACGGCAACCCAUUCUGUCUCGGAAUGUUAGCUGUGUAUUUCUCCAUAAAGGUGAGUUGGAAUUCUCCUUAUAUUACUUAUUAUAGAAAUGUCUGGUAUGGGUGCUUUUAUUGUCUGGAUUUAGAAGUUGAGCAAGUUACUAUAUAGGCGACCCACUUUGAACUAUGGAAGGAGGAGGACAGUAUAAAAUUUUUCAAAAUUCGUGUUUUGCCUGCUUGUUAUCACACUGUUAUAAAAAUGUGUAGCCUAUACUUCAUCUAUAGACCUGACCUCCAAAAGUGUAUUAAGGAGUAUUAAACCACUGAGAUAAUACAUUACUGAGAUCCUCCCAUUAGUGUGACAUGUUAUGUUGUGUGCAUGUUGUUAACUAAUAUGCAUAGCUACAUAAACACAAUCAGCAACAUAUGAAUGAUUCUAUAAUAUAAAUUAUUGUACAUUUUGUUUUCCAGUCCAGGGAUAGGAAGAUGGUUGGUGACUUGGAAGGAGCAAGACAACAUGGGAAUACUGCACGCUGCUUUAAUACUGUGACCCUGACCCUGGUAAUCCUCGGGCUGCUCUUCCUCUUCAUCACCUAUGGUAUCAUCAUCUACCAAGUCACACACCCUGAGUAGUUCCUGCUUUUGUAAAAAGUGUUCAUUUGGAGUCUUACCAGAUGUUACACACCUCUCUAGGAGUGUGUCCUGAUACAUUUCAGCUAAUUUCUUAAACACACACACUAUGGAAGUUCCUUCAGCAGUGUGUACCAGAUCUUAUUUGCGCUUUAGUUUUGUAUUUUAAGGAUGCAAGAUGAUUCUGUUGAAGUUAUAUUGAAAUGUAAUUUUUUAUCAAUAAAUUGUGUUGUUUUGUAAAUGCAUUACGUUUGAGUUGUUAUAGCUGUUAAUGGAUGUUAACGUUUCUGAUUGACUAAUCCCAUAUAGACAUACACUCACUUAACGAGAAAACAUUCCCAUGGCUUUGUAUCUACUUGGCAGAGACAGCAUAACAGAACUUGGCUCGAGGCAGCAAUUAAAUUGGCCAAUAUACCACGGUUAAGGG